UUUAUACAUUUUUAAUUGGUGUAUUUAUUAAAUACACAGUCGUUCUUCCACAUUGUCGGUGUCCGGGGAUUUAGUCAAUUUCCCUGUAGUCUACGUGAGUGUCCCAUUUUGGACACCUGUCUUUAAUGUGAUCCUCACCAUGGCUUACCACGUCAUUAACACGGAUAGUCCUACUUCUCGUUAGGAAACCAGUAGAAGAUUUUAAACAAUUAGGGCGUUGUCUAAAGUUAACACGCUCACUACCCCAAAAGCUUGACGUUCGCAAUCAAACAAGUCUACCGGACGAGCGGUGGCCUGCAUUGCUGUACGGGGGCGUACCGUGGACGUGUUUGCCCUAGAGAUUGACAUGGUGGCCCGGUCCGGGCACAGAGACGCAUACAUGACGCCACCAAAUAGUUAUCCGAAACAGCCCUGUGAUAAUAACAAGUCCGUGCACGGCACAACAAUGCUCCGCCCACCGGCGUGGGUGUGAGUCGAACUUCAGAGGUAACGCAACACACCCUGGAGGCUGUUCGGGAUUAUGGGAGAACAUUCUAGAGCUUUCUGUGUAUCUGGGUACAAAAUAACGUCCCCGGGUGGUGGACGUUGCCAUUCACAGUGACACAGUCCGUGUGUGUUUAGGAUUAGUGGGACUUUUAAUCGGUCUGGUUGCAUUCGUGUUAUUACCUGUUCGACUUUUCUACUUGUUUCCACCGCUUCUGCCUCCGCACCAACCCCAUUCUGCUGUCGACAUGGGGAAAGAUUACUACGAUGUGCUCGGUAUCACGAAAAGUGCCACAGUAGACGAUAUAAAGAAGGCUUAUCGUAAGCAGGCUCUUCGGUAUCAUCCCGACAAGAACAAGUCGCCGGAAGCCGAGGAUAAAUUUAAAGAAAUAGCAGAGGCGUAUGACAUUUUGAGUGACUCCAAGAAAAAAGAUGUCUAUGAUCGGUUUGGUGAAGAAGGUCUGAAGGGGGGGGGAGGCCCGACGGGGGCCGGGGCGGGGGGUCCUGGUACCUUCAACUACACGUUCCAGGGGGACCCACAUGCAGUCUUUGCAGAAUUCUUUGGUGGACGUAACCCAUUUGACCAAUUAUUUGGCAACCGCAAUGGGGGCUUUCAUGAGGAAAUGAACCAAGAGGACCCUUUCGCCCGCUUUGGGAUGUCCGGCGGUGGGCUGGGAGGUCUCCCUCGCUCCUUUAGCAGUGGGAUGGGGGGGAUGGGGGGGAUGGGAGGUGGCACUAGUUUGACCAAACGUCAGGACCCCCCUGUGGUGCAUGACCUCCAGGUGACCCUGGAAGAAGUGUUCUCCGGGUGCGUCAAGAAGAUGAAGAUCUCCCACCAGCGGCUGAACCCUGACCGACGGAGCUGGAGAACCCAGGACAAGAUCCUGGAGGUGGAGAUAAAGAAGGGGUGGAAGGAGGGCACGAAGAUCACCUUCCCCAAGGAGGGCGAUGAGACGCCCACCAACAUCCCGGCGGAUGUUGUUUUUGUUUUGAAGGACAAGCCCCACCCGGUGUUCCGGCGGGACGGCGCUGACAUCAUUUACCCCGCCAAAGUCUCCCUUAGAGAUGCCUUGUGCGGCUGCACUGUGAGGGCACCUACAUUGGACGGCAGGACGGUAACCCUGACAACCAGUGACAUAGUCCGCCCCGGGAUGAAGCGACGGAUCACCGGAGAGGGUCUACCUCUCGCUAAGUCUCCCGGUCGUCGAGGGGACCUAGUGGUGGAAUUUGAGGUGAAGUUUCCGGAAAGUCUCAGUGCUAGUGCACGAGGGACGAUUUCCCAAGUGCUUCCAACUUCGUAAAGUCCAGCCCCUAUCCCAGAAGGACAUUCAAGACUUUGAAAUGAGCAUUUAAAAAACUGGCUCCAGGCUCCCAUGGUAAAUUGCUUUCACUUUAGAUCACAAGGAUAGUGCAUAUGGACCACCCUGGCAUUUGACAAUGGACAAUAGAAGGGUAGAUGUAAUCUCCUCAAGAACAGUCUUUAAAGUCAGUGCAGUUUGCUCUACCGUCUUCAACAAAGCGUUUGAGAGAAACUAUUUAUAUUUUUUUAUAAAAUCUAGUCAGAUAAUAUAUCGGGUUAUUCCUAGUUUUAGGAAUAAGUGUGUUUAUAUGGGGGUAUCCAAAUCAAAUGAUUAUUGUUUCUUUAGUUGUAUUAAGGGGCAAAUUAAUUAAUUCAUGCUUUUUGUGGGGCUUUGUGCUAUUAGUUCAGUUUCUUUGUCUGGUUUCACUCAACAUGUUUUGGAAUAGAUGUUUACAAUGCCAAUUGGUGCUUGCGGAGAAAAACAUUGUCAUAACACAACACUCCUGUUUCUGUUUAUAUGUUGACAUGAAUGUGUACAAUUGUUAUUAAAGGAGAUGCAUUGCUGCCAACCGUUCGAUUUAAGAAGCACAGUGUAUAUUUUUGUCAUUCCAAACUGGCUAAACCCAACAACAUGUGUAACUGGAGAUUCCACUUAGUUUUUGUAAUUGGCUCUGGGCAUUAAAACAAGAAAACAUGAAUGUAAAAGACCAAAACUAGUGGGCGAUCCUUUCUAAAAGUAGGAUGCAUCGGAUUUUAAAAGCAUUGUAUACAAUAUUGGUAAAGAUGGCAAAUGUGUGUGUGUUGUGGGUUUCUGUGUUGUGGGUUUCUGACCUUUUAUCCUCUGAUUAUCUUCACUUUCUAGGUUAGUUGUAAAAUGCUUCCUCUGACACAUUUAUUGCAGGUAAUGAUAUUGAGAACCCAUUCAUGAAAAGACAUUUUUUCAAUAAAAACUUGCUGUUUCUAAACAGAAACAGAAUUCUGUUGCAAAGUUUUAAAAAUACAUAUCAUACACAUUGUAUUUAAUAUAAAGUAUGAAGGGUUUACUCAUGUAGCUCUAUCUGCUAUAAUCAGGAAACUAUUGUUUUUGAUUCUAUAAAAAAGCAAUUCCAUCUUGAGUGUUUGGAGAACGGCUCUGCUGCAGGGCCUACUUAUUGGAGACGAGUGACUUUCUAUCUUGAUUGGGACAAAUUGAUGUCCGUUGGUGAUAGAGGGGAACAUUCUUUUCCUGCAGCCAACAGUGGGACAAUUAUUGAGUUAUCUCUGAAACCUUGGAAGAGAAGAAUGUGGGUCUGUUGUCUACAGCGUAAAGCUCGCUACAUGGAAAAAUUGGCUCCAGACCUAUGGGGAUGUGACCUGCACCCCGUGAUAUUGUCAGCAGACUUUUGUUUAUCUAACUCGGCAGGCAGUUUGUUGAGGUUCAUGCAUGGGCAACAUGUCCCUCACGCUGGCACUCUCUUGCCCUAUCUGUCUCUCACUCUCUUAGGCUCUAGCUCUAUUUCUGUCCCUCCUUGUCCUCUCUCUUGUGCGCUCUCUUUCUAUCCGUCGCUCAUUGGCUCACUAUCUUUGUAGCUCUACAAACACACUUUUUGCAUUAAGCUUGUUCACAAAAGAGACAUAGUCAAACCAAGGACUUUUGCGAGGGUCUCAAGCUGACUUUCCGGCUGAUUCAAAAGCGAGAAGAUUAACAGGAGAUAAAAACAUCCUCUUGUUUCUUAUUUAACUAUCCAAUCCCAUAGAGAAAAAGGCAACCCAUUGUGCACUUGCAAUUUCUAUCGGUCUUUGGCAAUCUUGUUAAUCAGCUUUUUUUCUUCUUUUAUUUGAUCAUAUCAUGCCUUUUCCCCUAAUUUGGUUUAAUUGCAUCACGUGGAACAUGAGUAUCCUAUGCGUUGGAAUUUUUACCCUGUCCGCUUUGUGCACUGCUGAUCCUACAGCAGUACACCUCUCUCACCACACGGUGAGAGAGGUGAAAGGCUAUGUUGGCGGAAACAUCUCCUUCCAAUGUUCCGGUGAAUGGAGCUCUGCAGGGAGCCAGUUGUACUUCUGCAAGUCCUCGUGCUCAAGUGAAGACGUGCUCAUUCAGACGGAUGGAGCACGGGCCGAUGUUACCCGGAGGGGGAGAUACGUUAUUGAGCGCGGUGGAGUGGAUGGUGUGUUUACUGUGACUGUGAUGAAGCUAGAGAGUGCAGACACAGGGAGCUAUCACUGUACGUCAACCAGAAAGUCAAAGGUCAUGCACCAAGAAACCUACCACCUCAAAGUCCUGGAUGCUUUAACUGUUCCUCUUGGGCCUCUGACUCCCACCAUGGCCCCUAGACCCGUGACUGAGCUAAUGCCUCGAGACAACCAUCCGUCAACUGUCACGUCCCUGGCGACAUCAGUAACGCAGCCACCACAAGGAGGACAAAAGUCGGAACAGGAGGCAGCGACACACAUCACAGGUACCAUGGUGGUCAUCAUCAUCUCAGUGAGCCUGGCUCUCCUCGUAUGCGCUCUGAUACCUGUCAUCUUCUACGGCCGUUGGAGGAGCACAAAAGGUCCGAGACAGCCAGAUACAGAGAAAGGCAGGAGAGCAGAGGGUGGCUACACGGAGAACAAUGAAGAGCAGGAGAUGAGGACGCGGCCUGAAACAGAACACAUGGACCCAGAACCAACAGACAUGAACCAAUGUGCUUCUGUCUGCCAGUGACUGGAUCCCUGAAUUCUAGUGGGAAAAACAUGAGCAUUUUUGGGGGUUCUUUCUUUGCAAUAGCAUUUUCUACUAUACAGUACAAAUUCAAGUACAUUUGGUUCAGCUGAUCAAGUGCUUCACCGCGGGAAAAGAGAAGCCUACCAUUUUCACAGAAUUCAGAUCUCAUUGUGCAUAUGACCGAGAACUGAAGGCAAGUUCCUUUUCCUUUCGUAGGAAGGCCCUUACAUAGGUAUAAAAAACUUCUAUGAGUAUGAUGUCGGCUCAGAUUGAUAUAAAAUCGUCCUGCACUCGGUAUUGUGUUAACCAAAAAAACUACUUUUGAUAAAGGUAUGGGGAUUUUUAGGGAUUCUUUAUUGUGUACCUUUAUAAUAGGGCAACUCAUUUUUCCAUACCAUGGAUUGGCCAUGUAUCUUAUCAACAACAAGAGUGUAAUCAUUCAUAUUUUUUUUAAGCAAUUAUGAGUAAAAAUACAGAAGGCUGGCUGGCAUGUUCAGACAGUCUCUUAGCUGUUUAUUUCAUUUAUUUUAUCUGUUCAUCUAUCUAUCAUCUCUCUCCAAUAGAGAUCCUCUUAGAGAUCUAAGAGGAGAUGCACGAGGGACACUUAUGUAGUUCACUUCAUCUACGCUGAGGUUUAGGUGUGUUAGACUCGACAUGAAAGAGGAAGAGAUGUAUUCUUUGGUUUUUCUGAGAGUAUGUGUGUGUGUGCAUGUGUAGGUGUGUGUAAGAGAAAUAAAAGUCACAAGUCUUCCGGGAUGUUUCAUUCCAAGCCAACAGUUGAGAGGGUGUAUUGAGAUGAACUGGCAGUAAUGGGAAUGCAUUUUAAAUAUCUCAAGAUCGAAUAAACUUCAAAGAUUGUUAAUAAUAAGCCAGUUUGUUAUAAGUGAGCUAUAAGGACAAUCGUGAUGGAUUCUCUCCCUGCUAAGCAUGGAUUGAAAGGCAUGAACAUGAACAUGAACAUCAGUUCAACAGUUCCAAAAGGGGACCUUACCAGGUCCCAGGUUUCUUGGAUCCUGACGGUUGCGAUGUGUAUGGUGGCGCUGCUAUUUGUUUGCCUGUUCACCUUCUUGCUUUGGCUGCUUGCUCGGCACAUGAGGAAUAACACCGGCAGGCGCCGCAGACAGGAGAGUAAUCGAGAGAAAGAAAACGAUUAUGAGACGAUGAGCCCUGUUGGACCUCCUCGGCCCGAGUCCAAGUUUGUACGUUCUGGUCGUACGAAAAGAGUUCUGCCGCAAACAGCACCAAACACUGUCCCCACAAAGCCGCGGCGUCCGACGGUCAGCGCCUGCAUCACCAUAGACCUCAAUGAACACGCCGAUGUUGCUGAUUCCGGACAGACAUGUCUCUACCAAAGCCUGAACCUCAACCUGAAUGAGGAGAGUGUAUAUCACACAAUGCUUUAAUUUUUUUUUUUAACAAUUCCCUCUUUAUUUCUUGUAAAAUCUGCAUGUCAUGAAUGACAUAGGCCUAUGGAGAGGAAGGCAUAUUCUUUUUUCUGGACACUUUUUCUAACUAAUUCCCAAAUGUUACUUUAUUGGAACCACAAGAGUAACCACGAAAGUGGUUUGAUCCAAAAGAUGACCCUGGGUUAUAAUGCUACAUGGGCUUUGGGGCUUGUCUUCGAUUUCAAUGUGAACAAAAUUGGAUAUUGCACCAGCCUGACUUAGGUGUAUGCCUACCUAGCCGUAAUCACUUGUAGAAUAAAGCACCCAUAACCUUUUUCCUGAGUUUGUUUCUAUUAAUUACGUGUACAUUAUAUGUAUAUAAACCACAUCUCUUUUAAAAUCUAACAUGCUCAAAUGAACCAUGUCAGGAAGUUGCCUCAACAAAAUUACAGAAAAAGUGAAUAGAAUAACUCAGAAGUGUUUAGUGUGACAAGAAAGGAGAAGCAAACCGAGAGAAGAGGAAGCGGAACUUCAACACGGCGCCAUUAAAGCCCCGGAGGGUUGUGGGGAGCAGAGCGGCGUCUCAGGAUCAUGAAGGCCGCGGUCCCUUUCCUCGUUCUCCUCAGUGACAAACAAAAUGAAAGCUUACGAGGAGAAAGCCUUUCUGAUCAGUUGACGUAUAUAGGAGCAGCCCUUGGUGUUGCUGUGUUGGUGCUGGCCCUGGUUCUUCUGAUCUUCUGCAGGAUAAAACGCAGAAGAGCCUUGUUUGCUUCAG